AGCGCAGAGAUGCUCUUCAAGGGCAACAGCUCCCGCCUGGAGCUGCUCAUCGAGAAGAUACAGGCGAACAAGGAGACCGACAGCCACGCCGCCGCCGCAGAAGCCGAAUUCAAAGACGCGCUGGGCACCGAGGCGGGCUCGUCGUGGAGGUCGGAGACGCCGCCCGACGAGUCGCCGUCGGCCAGCUCGUGCGCGACGCCCAACUCGGCCAGCGACCUGCCCGACACCGAGCUGGCCUUCACCGUCGGCGUCACCGAGGGCACGCCCUACGCCUGCCAGUUCUGCGACAAGGCCUUCCCCAGGCUCUCGUACCUCAAGAAGCACGAGCAGACGCACAGCGACCAGAUGCCGUUCCGGUGCGAGUUCUGCAGCCGGCUGUUCAAGCAUAAGCGCAGCCGCGACCGCCAUAUUAAGCUGCACACCGGCGACAAGAAGUACCGCUGCACCCACUGCGAGGCCGCCUUCUCACGCAGCGACCACCUCAAGAUCCACAUGAAGACGCACGACAACCAGAAGCCGUUCCAGUGCACGGUGUGCAACCGCGGCUACAACACGGCGGCGGCGCUGACGUCGCACAUGCAGAACCACAAGAAGGAGGGCAGCGCCUCUGCGGGCAGCGGCAGCGGUAGCGGCAGUGGUAGCGGAAGCGGCAGCGGGCCCAACACGCCCAGCCCCGGGCUGUCGGCCGCCUCGGGCUUUCGCUGCCUCUCCUGCGGGGACUCCUUCCGCAGGCCCGACGAGCUGCAGAACCACGUGGCGACGCAGCACGGCUCGAUGCUGCUGCUGAGCCCCACGUUCCACCCUGCGCCAAAGCUGGCCUGCAUCUACUGCACCAAGGACAGCUUCACCAGCAUGGAGGCGCUGCAGCUCCACGUCCACGCCAUGCACGGCUCGAUCCUGAACGGCGAGUACUCCUCGCAGCAGCAACAGCGCCAGAGCAGGCAGGCGAGUCCGGCGGCGGCGUGCACCCCGCCCCCCGGAGCGCCGACGCACCCCAGCCCGCAGCCGCCGCAGCAGGUGGACGGCCGCCAGUCGCAGCCGCCCCAGCAGCAGCAGCAGCAGCAGGUGCCGUGCGAGCUGUGCACGAUGCGCUUCGCGUCGGUGGCGGCGCUGCGGCAGCACGCGGCCGCCGUGCACGGGCUGCAGUGCGGGCCGUGCCAGCUGGCGUUCCCUAGCGCGGCGCUGUUCGCCGAGCACUACCUGCUGGCGCACGAGCAGCUGCGGCCCACCGACCUCACGGUGGGAGCAGAGGAGCCGGUGCUGAGCCGCGGCGCACGUUUGGGCCCGCAGUACGAGCACCCGGGCACGCUGCUGUGCAGCCAGUGCUCGGCGGCGCUGCCCGACUUCGAGUCGUUCCGCGAGCACGUGGUGGCGCACCACCUGGAACCGGCCGCCGCCGCCUCCGCCGCUCCCGGCGCGCCGCCCGCGCUGCCGCUGGCGGCCCGCUGCGCGCACUGCGGCGCCGCCUGCCCUGGCGAGGAAGCGCUGGCCGCGCACGUCGCCUCGCACUUCCUGGCCACCGCCACGGAGUUCGGCUGCUCCUCCUGCCUCAAGCUGUUCGCCAAGCCCGACGAGCUGCAGAAGCACCUCAUGGACAUCCACGCGCACCACCUCUACCGCUGCUCCCUCUGCAAGGACAUGUUCGACUCCAAAGUUGCCAUCCAGGUGCACUUCGCGGUGAAGCACAGCAACGAGUGCAAGCUGUUCCGGUGCACGGGCUGCCCGGCGGCGGUGUUCCGGUCGGAGGCGGACUUCGGGCUGCACGUGCGUGCCACGCACGCGGCGCCCGCACCCGGCUCCGCCCCCGGCGCCGGCGCCGCCCCCGGCAAGGCGCAGCAGGCCGCGCACCGCUGCCUCUUCUGCCGCCUCAGCUUCAGCUCGGAGCUCGAGAUGCAGUUCCACAUGGCGGCGCACUCCAAGCAGUUCCACUGCCCCGUCUGCAGGGAGGCCUUCCACGUCGAGUUCCUGCUCGACAAGCAUAUGCAGACGCACCACUCCACCCACCAGGUGGUGAACGGAAGCGCGCCUGCGACGCCGGAGCCUUUACAGCACGGCCCCAUAGCGCGCCAGCUGGCUCAGAAGUCUUCACCCAAGGCGAAGGGCGGGGGCGGCGGCCGCAGCAGCACGGACAGCAGUGGCGCAGGUAGCCGCCUGGAGGAGGACGCCGCCUCCACGGACUCGCACCAGCACCUCGGCAGCGGCCGCAAGGGCGGCGGCUCCGGGGGCGGCGUGCGCGCGUCCAAGGCCGGCGCGGCCGGGGGCGGCGGCGGCGGCGGCGGCGGCGGCGCGGUCAGCCUGCAGUGCGCCUACUGCAGCGAGACGUGCAAGUCGCGCACUGAGCUCGAGAACCACACCAAGACGCACGCGGGGGCGGCAGCCGGCGGCGUGGGUGGCGGAGGCGGCGGCGCGGGGGCGGCCGGUCCCGGCGCGACCGGCAAGCACAAGUGCAACAUCUGCGACGAGCUGUGCCCGUCGGCGGCGGUGCUGGCCGAGCACAAGCUGACGCAUUGCAAGGUGGCGGCGGGCGCGCCGGCGUGCACCGCGUGCAAGGCGCCGCUGCAGCGCGAGGACGACCUGCGCGCGCACCUCGCCAGCCACGCGGGCGACAAGCUGCCCGCGCCCUGCCCCGUCUGCCGGCAGACGCUCGUCUCCGACAUAGAGGUGCGGGUGCACGCCAAGUUCCACGUGCAGCAGGGCCAGCAGCAGCAGCAGCGCGGCAACGUGCCGUGCUGCCUGUGCCUCAAGCCGGGCGCGGCGCCGGCCGACGCCGAGCCCCCCGUCUGCGCCGACUGCCUGGGCAAAGCAGCGACGCGCUGCCAGGAGUGCCACCUCAAGUGCGAGUCGGCGCAGGCGCUCGAGGCGCACGUCGCCGCCGCCCACCGCAAGGCCUACCAGUGCAUCAAGUGCCAGGUGAGUUUCGACAGCGAGGCAGCGGUGCAGCGGCACGUGGCGACGCACCUGCUGGAGGCGGGGGCCGGCGGAGGCGGCGGCGGCGGCGGCGGUGGAGUGGGGUCGCGGCUGGAGUGCCACGUAUGCCGGCGCGCGCUGGCGUCCCCGCUGCAGCUGCAGACGCACCUGAUCGAGCACACGUUCGCGGGCUGCGGCAGCUUCACGUGCUACCUGUGCAGCGCCGUCUUCACGGCGGCCGCCGGCCUGCAGCAGCACAUGCUGGCGGCGCACGGCCCCCAGGCCAGGCCCUACGACUGCGCCCGCUGCGGCCUGCGCUUCUUCUUCCGCGCCGAGCUCGACAACCACGCCUACAGCCACCACAACGAGCGCGAAGACGAAAAGGUAUUCUAUCAACAUAGCGGGAGUAACGGCACAUAUGAGCUGGAUCCCUGCUACAAACCCCAGCAGCAGCCGGUAGAAACAGCCCACACAGCGGCUCCUGGUCGGCGUACUCGGUCAGCCAGGGGCAGCAAGUCCGUGUCGCCGCGUGCCAGCACUGAGAACAACGGCGCCGUCUGCUGUACGGACAGCAGCGGAGCCUCUCCGUCGCCGCAGCAGCAGCAGCAGCAGCAGCUGCCGCAGGUGUGCGUGAAGCAGGAACCUGCGACUGAGCCACAGCAUCCGACGGAGGAGCAUGAGGAGCCGAGCUGUGACCAGCAGCUGCCGGCAGAUGUCAGCACUGGCAACCCCUCACAGGACUCUCUGCAAGAGGACAAAGAACAGCAGCAGAUCUGCGAAAGGCCAGAGGCGCCAACGGAGUAACCGAAAUGUAAAGCCUCUGCUGCACAGUGGUAAAGGUGGCGUGCAACAAUUUACGUCCUCAAAUUUUGUUCAUUAUACAUUUCUGUAUAUAUAAGCACAUAUUCACGUCCUUUGGUAGGCCUGCCAAAUUUGGCAUACCUUGCCAAUUUGCCGCUGGCUGGCAACGUUUUGGUGGAGAUUUCUUUCAGUUCGGACUCCCAUGUAGUAAUAUUGAAAUAUUUGGUACAAAUUAUUAAGCUGUACAGACUACAUAGCGUUCGUGUUGAAUGGUAAUUGUAGUCUUUAUUUACCCUUGCAAUGCAGGAGAAAGACAGCCCCUGUGAUCUUGCAGUUCAGGAAUAAAUAGUGAUGCUAUAAUGUGCCAGUUUUUUGCAGUGGUCAGAACCCCACUACUGAUCUGAAUUUGUCUUAUGAGCGCUGUUUUCAUUCAUUUCUAGUAAGAGAUCGAAGACAGUGGACAAUGUAGUGUAUUCUCUGAGGAUUUCAGGGUCAGAAACACUGUGGAAGAAAAGUGUUUGCGACAGUGGUCGCUAUUGAAGUACGUCCAUUUAUCUCUCAGGAGCCUUAAGUCUUUUUCAGAAGAAAAAUUAUAAUUUUUGUUGUUAUAUACUAGAAGACCAAAAUUUGUGUCUCUAAUAUUUUGUUUUUCUUACUAUUCUUGGUCUUUCCCCUAAAAAUUCUUUAUUUCAUGACAGGAGUACAAUCUUCAAACCUGACAUUCCAGAUUUCGCUCAUGUGCUGUAUUAUAUUUAUGAAUCAAAUCGAUAUGUUAAUGUCCAUGAUGCUGACUGACGUGGAUGUUUGUGAUACUCACUAACAACAAAAUGUCAUUUCUAACUAAAGUUAAUUGUGUUACUUGAUCUAUUGUAAUGUAUCUUAUUUCCUGAAGUAUAUUGUAGUGUUUCAUUGUAAUUAACUUUUACAACAACAUGUAAUACAUCAUAACUGUUGACUGAGCAAUGGUAGCUAAUUCAGUCAGAAAUGCCUAGUUAAAUUUUUGAUGUUACAUUUACAAUAUGCAAAAAUUCAGUGUACUUUCUCACAGACAGUUGUUCAGUAUCAUGAAAUGACACUUCACAUUAAGUUUCUUACCUUAUAUUACUUUUACAAUGUAAUAUUUAGCUGUACAAAACCGUUUAUUCCAUAGCACAUGUAUUAAACUUUUGUAUAUAUAGUGAACACAUCUUUUGUAAACAGUCAUUGUUGAAUGGUGAUUGGUGAUUGAUGUAGGGACCAAAUUGGUUUCAAAGGUUUACUCUUUUGUUGUGGCUGCUUAUGUCAGAGCUUCAUCAGACAUGCAGAUCACAAAUGUUUCCCAGGCAUUUUCGUAUGCAGUAAUAUUCAUGGAGGCAAUUAUAAUUGUUAACACAGAAAUGUUGAUUUAUUUAUAAGUUAUAGAUAAACAGAUUUCAUUGAUAACUACUUUUGUUGAUAAUGUUUUUAUGUUAGUAAGAUUUGGUGAGUCGAUUAUUGGACUUUACAAGUGAUGAAUGUUGUUUACAUUUGUUAAAUUUAAAGAACAUGUUUCAUAUGAGAUAGAAAAUACAUAUUUUGUUUUUUAUUUAAAUCAAUAAUCCAAUGUUUAAUAAAAAUAAUUCUUUCUUGAA